UGGUCACGUAUUCAUAGUGAAUAGAGUACAUUCAUCAUUUUCGUAAUUCUUAUUCUUAAUCGUAUUUAUUGUGCUUUCGAGGACUGCGUUGUGACUUGUGGGUGCUAAAAUCUUAACUAAAAUUGAAUUAUAUCGCCCCUGAAGUAACCAGUGAUUAAGUCAUUUUACAGGAAUAAUGACGGACCCAAACCCCCAAGGCGGUGACACAGGCCCACCAAAGGGAAUACCUGCGUUGAAAGCUCAUGUUAUAGAAAAUAAAAUAUAUGUGGCAUUAUGGGGAACUCGUAUUUUGACCAUAUUGUUCACAUUUGGAUAUGUCAUUCCUAUAUUUACAAAUUCAACAUCAGCUUUCUACAAGGCGUUAUUAGCGAAUGCAGCGACGUCAGCGUUGAGACUGCACCAACGGAUCCCACCUUCGGAGAUAAGGUUAUCGCAGGAGUUCCUCAACCGGUUCUUCUUGGAAGACAGCGCUCACUAUCUCUUCUAUUCGCUGAUAUUCAUGAACGUUGCGCCGAACUUGUUAAUUUUGACGCCGAUUUUCUUGUUCGCGAUGCUGCACGCCGCUUCCUAUUCACUCACAAUAUUGGAUACUUUGGGCCAAAACUCCAUGUGGGUGGCUCGCCUGCUCAUUUCUUUAGUGGAAUUACAAUCGCGGAAUAUUUUACGCGCGGCUGCAUUGGCUGAAAUCUCUCUAUUCCCAUUGGUUGCCAUCAUGGCACUAUUCGGCUACAGCGGUCUGCUAACACCCUUCAUGUACUAUUACUUCGUGUUGUGGCGGUAUGCCUCUCGUCGUAAUCCAUACACCCGUAACACAUUCAGAGAGUUGCGUUCAGUGGCCGAGAGGGUAGCCAACAAAGAAAGUCUACCCUCACCAUUGAAGUCUGGAUUGCACUCCGCUAUCAGAGUUGUGUGUAUGAUGGCACCAAGGCUUGAAGCUCAGGAGUAAGGUAUAAGAAGACUACAUCAUUCAAUAGUAUAUUUAUUUUUGUUUAACAAUAGUAAUCUGUGCUUGAGUCUGCUAUUAUUGUCGCUUUCGAAACGUCAUUUUGACGUUAUUAAAUUGUCAUGUGUCCUAAUCAAUAAUACGUCACAAUUACUAGAAAAUACAUGGUGCAUUUUUAAUUAUUUUCUUAAGACUGCGACAAAUUAUAAAUAUGUAGUUAUAGUUAUCAAAAGGCUCCUUCCAUAAUAAUUGUUUUAUAAAUUAAGACUUUUAUUUACGUUUCUGACAAGUCAUAUUUGGCUUUUUGACUCAUCGAAUACACAAUACACACAUUUUUAUAUCACUACACAAUAAUUACAGAUUUAUAAAUUUUAGCAGUCUCUUUAGUAUCCACUAAGCACACAUAAGAGAAUCUAACACUAAUACGGGUUUAUAGGUUCUGUUUCUUUAUGCGUUGAACUUGUGUGCUAAAAUGCCUUAUCAAUUUCAAUCAACUAUUUUCCGCCAAAAUAUUUCUUAAUGUGGGUAGUUUAAGGGUUUAUGUUGUAUUCAAGUACAUAAGACAUGUAUGUUUGUAUGUUUAUACGGUUUUGAAUGUAUCGUGUGGGCCGAUACGGUUGAUUGGUGUUAUACACGUCAGACCUGUCAACGUCAUUCCUGUAAGAUUGACAUCUUUAUGACAGUGCAAAGUCAAUUUAAACUGAUAUUUUUUUAUUAUGUUUAUGAAUGCGUAUUUAGUUGAUUUCUACUAUUUUAAAUGAUAUCACAACUAUUUGUGAUGAGUCCAUGGUCCAGGAUAAUUUUGAAAUGGUUAUCUGAUAGAUGUGAUGUCAUUGAAUAACAGUUGAAGUAUUGAAGUUAUCAAAUGUCACUGUUUGACGGAUGACACCUGACAGCUGACAGCUGAUAGCUAUUACCUUUAUACCAAUCACGUAUCUAGCCUAGAACGAUUUAAUGUAAGAUUAAAUAUUUUUUUAAGGAUUAAUAUACGAACAAAUUUGGUCCAAUAUAAUUCAAAUUAGAAAAUUGUAGGAUAAUUAAGUUCACUUUAAAUGUUUUUCUAAAUGUAUGUGUCAAACAAAUAAAUAUAUAAAAACCACUUAUCGGUGUCACAAUUAUCGAUUCCCUUGGCAUUUAUGUACUUUCAAUGUAUUUUUGUGAAUAAAGUUUCACAUUUGUAUUAAUAUUUGCACUUGGUUAUGGGAUGAAUGUAGUAUGGAUUUUUAAAUAAAUGUUUAAGAAAUA